CAGGACAAGCCCGCCCCCUGUCACCUCAUAGCUCUAUAUAAGACAGCAAAAGGGCCAGAUGAUAAGAACUUAGACUCAAGACAAGCCCGGCCAUGCGGUGUAAAGUCCUCAUCUAUGUCGUCCUCCAGACUCUCGUAAAGCAUGUGUCUCCAAGUGAAAUACAGGCCAGACCAAAUACAAAUGCAACCCUCCCCUGCAAUGUGACGUCUGCAAAGGGGGACAAAAUAGACAAGUCUCUCAUCAAAGUCAGCUGGAUAAGUAACGACACUGACGUCGCCUCAUUCAGUGAAGCAGCGACGCACAUAAAGGAAGGCUUCAGUUGGGACAGCAGUGAUUUUGUUAACGGGGACUAUUCACUGACCGUCCUCAGAGCCGGUCUCGACCUGCAGGGGGAGUAUGAAUGCACCGUCAUUUACAACUCCACAAUGCUGUACUCCAGCAAUGUAACAUUCAGUAUCCUCGCUUCCCCAACUAUGUCAAUCCCUCAGCAGUGGGUGGUGUUAGAAACAAAGAGCCAUCUUAAGUGUCAUGCAGAUGGUUUCUACCCUCCUCCUGUCUCUUUCUCCUGGACCAGAGAUGGGCAAGUGAUUAAACCUCCCUACAAUGUUGAAGGUGAACAGACUCCAGAUGGGUACUACAUGGCUGUGGGCAACCUAACCUUUUACCCAUCCCGCGAAGACCAGAAUGGGACCUUUGGCUGCAAAGUGUCACACAAUGGCAGCUAUCAAGAAAUGGAUUUCCAACUCAACAUCACCUACCUUCCUUCUGUAACACUUUCGGCCGUGCCUGCGCAGUCCACCAACAUUCCCCUCACUCUUUACUGUGACAUGGAGAGUUUCUACCCGGAGGAAGUGUCUGUGUCCUGGCUUCAAAACGGCACAGUCCUCCCUGAGCCGCCUGACACUGAGCAGAACCCAGAUAUGACCUACAGAACCCGACAUUAUUUUACUUUGAGCCCUGAGCAGAGGGAGCAAGGUGGGAAGGUGGAGUGUGCAGUAAACCAACCUGGUGUAGUGCACCCGGUCAGUGGCUCAGCAUACCUUGAGAAACUGGACCCCCAAGAUGAGGACCCUGUUUUGACUAAAUCGGCCAAAGCAUCUGUGGCUAUGAUGUGUAUUUCUAUUGUGCUGGUCUUCCUGCUCUGCUUUGGCUUUUCUUGGAGGAGAAGGGAUGAGAAACAGAAGUCUCUGAAUGUGUCAGGGAUCAUCCUCCCUCCACGCGUGAUUGUAGGUCAUAAGGGCAGGGUGACAGUGAGCAUUGAGGGUAGGAGGGUGGACCGAGUCCAGACUGCAUGGUACCUCAAUGACACCCCUAUUUCUGACACGUCACUCACAGGAACCUCCCAAGCUAACUUUAACUGCCUCUAUAACCCCCUAACCACCAUCCAUCUGCCCUACGGUCUAACUCUCACCUCCCCAGCGUCAGAGAAAGGCCCUCUGCUGCCCUCCAGAGGCGAGAUGGGUUACUACAAGCUGCACACUCAGGGGCCGCUGCACUCAUCUGGAAGUGGCAUUCAACAGCUGAUCUCCUCGCUCACCUUCAUCCCCCAGAUUUCAAUCCACAAGGGGGCCGUGUUUAAGUGUCAGGUGUCCUACAUGGGCAAAGAUAAGAUCGUAGUGGAGAGGGUGUCAGAGAAGUUUACAAUACUGUCUGCACCAGAAGUGUCAGAAAUCCAGCUUGCAGAGACACCAAGUGACUCUGAUGUCAUCAGCAUGACUGUCCGGGCAUCACAUUUCCAUCCGGAUGUCAUUACCUUCCGCUGGUUCUGCCAGGGGAGUGAGCUGAGCCCAGUGGCCUCCCAGGCCUCGUCCUCCCCUCGACCUAAUUCUGAAGGCUUCUUUUCAGCUUUCAGCCAGUGUAAACUGCCCCAGAGUGAACUGGAAAAGGGAGGCACUAAAGUUUGGGUCAGUGUCCACCACAUCGCCCUGAAGCAGCCGGUCACCCGCGAGACCAGAGGCUUCAUGAAGAUGCCGUGUGUGUCCGAAAUCGUCGGCUCCUCCCCUUCCCAAGAGCAGACUUUGACCCUUGGAUGUGAAAUCACAGACUUCUACCCUCCAAACGUAUCAGUCACCUGGCUGAAGCUCAGAGAGGGAGAGCGAGAUGAUAGAGAGGAGGAGGUGGUAGAGGGAGGAGAGAUGUGGGGCCCCGUGCAGACUCAUCCCAGACUCUACAGGGCCACAGCCACUCUGAAGAGAAGGGCAACGAAUCAGGAGAAAAAGGAGAGAGGAGGAGGGAUUAUUUGUAGAGUGGAGCACUGUUCCCUACAUGAGCCUAUUGAGAAGCACUGGAGAAAUGUUGACAUUGUUGCUCCCUCUAUUCCUACAUCGAUCUCGGUCUGUUGGAGCAGUGAAGGGGUUGGUGUGUUCUCUGUACUGAUGAAGGGAGGUCACCCUAAGGUCAAAUUACUCUGGGCAGCGGGAGGACCCACUCUUUCACCAUUGGUAUCCAACGAGACAGAGGAGAUAGGAGACGACGGACAGAGGGAGCUGAAAAGUGUGUGUGCACUGGAGAGGUCCACAAGCAUGGCAAUCCAGACGAACAAACAGCCGGAGAGACGGAAGAAUGGACAUGCAAUAAAAACUAAAGCUGCCGUCACAGACCCCGACACUGAAGGAAUAGAAUACAUUGAUGAAAAAGUGGACGGAGAGAAUAACAACAUUGAAAGGGACGAGGACACAAAGUCAGAGGUGGAUGAGGAUAGUGACAAAGAACGAGAGGAAGACCCAGGAGCGCUGCACAUCAACAGAGUCAACAUGAGGAAGGGUCGCAGAGAAAAUGAGAAAGCACGUUUGAGAGUCUGCGUGGAGAUCACACACCCUGCACUCAAGCUUCCUGUUUAUCGAACGUGGACAGAGCCCGAUGAGGAAAAUUCAUCUUCCGCAUGAAAGCCCUGAUGUGUAUCUCUCUAUUCAUAUAUCACAUAAUAUAUCUAAUAUAAAUCUCUAUAGUAAAUAUAAAGUAGUAAUCAAGUUUUUAGGAUGUAUCAAACUGUAUCUGAUGAUUUGGUUUUGCUUUCAACAGUUUUGGUCUUUAUUUAUUUAUUGGUCAUCUAUUACUUUUUUUUACAACUUCAUGAUUUUUACAAAUGUUCAUAUUUUUGUACAAAGAAUUUUACAAUAAUAAUCCAGUUCUGUAGAUUUGUUUUUCUAAAUCUGCUUUGGAAAAUAAAAUCUAAAUCAAUUUUUAGAAGAGAAUGUAUCUUUGGAUUUUGUUUUCGUCUGUGAGUCAAAGUUACUGUAGUUCUCACUUCUUCUCAUAUCUGUUGUUGGUCAACUACUGCAAUAACUUCUCAUUUUAAAAUA